UCCAUGGAAAGCAACUCUUCUUUCCAAUGUUUAAUCAUUUUCAGAACAGUCUUCUGGCACAACAGCCACUCUUUCCCUGGUGAAUGAGGCCCAGUAUCUGCUGAUAAACACACCGAGUCUUCUGAAACUUCAGCAGCAAUUAAAUGGCAGUGAUGAGAAUGGAAAGAAGGAAUUAUUCACAAUGAAAGAUCUCAUCUCACGUUUCCGUGCUAAUAUUAUUACCAAUGGAACAAGGGCUUUUGAAGAAGAGAAAUGGGAUGAGAUUUCAAUUGGUUCCUUGCGUUUCCAGGUUCUUGGGCCUUGUCACAGAUGCCAAAUGAUUUGUAUUGACCAGAAAACUGGGCAACGAAACCAAGACAUUUUCCAAAAACUUUCUGAGAGUCGUGAGAGAAAGGUGAACUUUGGCGUGUACCUGAUGCAUACGUCUUUGGAUUUAUCUUCUCCAACUUUCCUGUCUGUAGGAACUCGGGUGCUCCCUGUGUUAAAAGAGACCAUGGAGCGUUAUGAUUCCCCUGAUUCCCAGAAACCCCAGGAUGUUAUCUCCUAAAAUUUUUGCUAGCA